UUUUACCAACGUACCCACAUCCAGACGUUUCUAACUCCGCCCCUGGUUGGGAACGUGCGCUGUCGUGACUUCCGUGACGUGAAGUGAACUACAGACGUCAGUCCGCAGGUUAUUUCUCGGCUCGGAGGUCUUCUUUACACUGCAGCCGGAUUCAGUGUGUGUUCGUCUGAAAACAUCAUGAGUCUGCAAGAGAUCAAUGAGAAUGUGAAGCUGGCCCGCGAAUACGCAUUGCUGGGAAACUACAGCUCGGCCAGUGUUCUCUAUCAUGGACUACUAGAACAAAUCAAGAAGUAUAUUUACACUGUGCGGGACAGCAAUUUUCAGCAGAGAUGCCAGCAGUUAUGGCAAGAAAUCAGUGAAGAGAGUCGACAAGUUCAGGACAUAAUGUCGACUCUGGAGAAUUUCCAGCUGGACACGGCAUGCGCUAAACCCAGCAAUCAUGAGGAUUGUGAAAUCAGGCCUGUGCACGUGGAACAGAGACAUUGUCCCUGUCCUGUCAGGCGGCCAGCUAACUAUAAAGACAGCAAACUUCCCAACAACAGGCUGAGUGCGGCUGUGAGGGCCCAGCAGAGGCACUCCCUUCGUGGGGCCAAUGGAGACAGAAGCAAACCUUCCAAGGGCAAAGAAAGGAAGGAGUCAAAGGAGGCCACUGGCAAAGCAAAGGAUGAUAAGAACAAAGCUGAUAUCCAGGAGAAAGAAGUGAAAAGGUUUGACGGGACAGGGUAUGAUAAAGACCUUGUGGAAGCUCUGGACAGAGAUAUUAUAUCUCAGAAUCCAAAUGUGAAAUGGGACAACAUUGCAGACUUGGAAGAUGCUAAAAAACUUUUGAAAGAAGCUGUGGUGUUACCGAUGUGGAUGCCAGCAUUUUUCAAAGGCAUACGAAGACCAUGGAAGGGAGUGCUUAUGGUGGGACCGCCAGGCACGGGGAAAACACUUUUGGCUAAAGCAGUUGCUACAGAGUGCAAAACCACUUUCUUCAAUGUCUCCUCAUCUACUCUCACCUCCAAGUACAGAGGGGAGUCUGAGAAGCUUGUUCGCCUUCUCUUUGAAAUGGCACGGUUUUACGCUCCCACUACGAUCUUCAUUGAUGAAAUUGACUCCAUGUGCAGCCGCAGAGGAACAUCAGAGGAACAUGAGGCCAGCCGGAGAGUCAAGGCAGAGCUGCUGGUGCAGAUGGAUGGUGUCGGUGGAGCAUCAGAAAACGAUGAUCCAUCAAAGAUGGUGAUGGUGCUGGCUGCCACCAACUUCCCAUGGGACAUCGAUGAGGCUCUGAGGAGACGGCUGGAGAAGAGGAUCUACAUCCCGCUGCCUUCAUACACAGGGCGAGUGGAGCUGCUCAGGAUCAACCUGAAGGAGCUGGAGGUGACCGGCGAUGUGGACCUGGACAAGAUUGCAGAGCAGCUGGAGGGUUACUCAGGAGCUGACAUUACCAACGUGUGCAGGGAUGCCUCUUUAAUGGCCAUGAGGCGAAGAAUCGAGGGCCUCACACCAGAUGAGAUCCGUAACAUUUCCCGGGACGAGAUGCACAUGCCCACCACUAUGGAGGACUUUGAGUCUGCUCUGAAGAAAGUGUCCAAAUCUGUGUCUGCAGUCGACCUGGAGAAGUAUGAAAAAUGGAUCGAAGAGUUUGGGUCCUGUUGAAAUCCCCAGCAUCAAGACGUUUGUCGGGUAAUGAUGAGUUCUCGUGGGUCAGGUUGUGGCUGUGUAUCUCUCUGAAUCAUUCAGGUGAUAUUAAAGAGUACUGUAGGUUUAUCCUUGAGGUAAAUAUGUGCCCCUCUUUCUAUUGUUGCUGAUGGAAAAAGUAUUUAUCUAAAAAGGUCACUCGAUCAACUUGAUGUGUCAAAAUAGUUUAUUUCUCACAAAUUAUGACAUUUGUUACUUGUGUUAAUGAUCCUGAAAUGUUCAACAUGUAGCUGUGAGAAAAAGACGCAACGUUUCCUGCAACACGCUGACCGUAGAGUUCAUUUUCAGAGAUGUUUUACUGCUACUUUCCCAAGUGUCAUAUAUUUGCUUUGUAUCUGACAUGAGAUGCGAAGCUAAACUGACAAUCAAAUAUCAUUGUUUUUGUUUUUUAUGCACUUGAUUGUAUUUGGAACUGUGUACUUAUUUUACAUUGUUAGAGAUAACACUAACAAGAUAUUUCUAUAAAUAAAGUUUACAAUGAUGAUGGAUAUUAA